CAUCGUCAAACUCCUUUCUUCACUUUAUUUAGCUGUUCUUGCAUAUAGCUCCCAAGCUUUCCACUGCUCCAGUUAGCGAAGCAUUUAUUUUUGAGUCAGCUGCAUUUCUUAAGACUGUAACAACGAAAGGCAUUUCCUGAGAAACUGCAAGGAUGAGCAGCAAGAAAGAACAACAGCUAAGGAAAUGUGGGACCCUUGUAGUGUUUUUUCUCUUGCAAGUUCAGAUUUUUUGUUUUGAUGUUGACAAUCGACCUACAACAGAUGUCUGCUCAACACACACAAUUUUACCUGGACCAAAAGGGGAUGAAGGUGAAAAGGGAGAUAGAGGAGAAGUGGGCAAACAAGGAAAAGUUGGACCAAAAGGACCAAAAGGAAACAAAGGACCAGUGGGCGAUGUUGGCGACCAGGGAAUGCUUGGUAAAAUUGGUCCAAUUGGUGGAAAGGGGGACAAAGGAGCCAAAGGCUUACCAGGGGUUUCAGGAAAAAAAGGAAAAGCAGGCACGGUCUGUGACUGUGGAAGGUACCGCAGAUUUGUUGGACAACUAAAUAUCAAUGUUGCUCGUCUUAACACAUCCAUCAAGUUUGUGAAGAAUGUUAUAGCAGGUAUCAGGGAGACAGAUGAGAAAUUCUAUUACAUUGUGAAAGAAGAGAAGAAUUACAGAGAAGCCUUGAUCCACUGCAGAGACAGAGGAGGAUCACUGGCCAUGCCUAAAGAUGAGGCAACCAAUGCCCUGAUUGCUGACUACAUCUCCAACAGCGGCCUGUUCCGAGCCUUCAUUGGGCUGAAUGACAUGGAAAGAGAAGGACAGUUUGUGUAUGCGGACAACAGCCCACUGCAGAACUACAGUAACUGGAAGCAAGGGGAGCCACAUGACCCAGCUGGUCACGAGGACUGCGUGGAAAUGCUCAGCACAGGAGAGUGGAACGACUCUGAGUGCCAAGUCACCAUCUACUUCGUCUGUGAAUUCCUCAAGAAGAGGAAAUAAAAGUGCCAGAGGAUGUGCCUGGCACCUGCUGUAUAUACAAUAACCCAUGCUCAUUCAUUUAUGGUAGGGAGAACAAAUCAGGGAUAGGAAACCAGGGACAGGGCUCAAUCCAGCCUUCACAUCACUGGGCUGAGCAAAUGUAACUACUGUUUAGUCAUCAGUGACUAAAAAGUCAGCACAGGUCUGCACGGUGCAUCCAGCCUGUUGUGAAUUUUUAUUUCAUUUCUACAUGCAUUUUAGGGUUGGUAUUUCUAUGUGUAAUUUAGGGGUAAAUUUAGAGCAUGCAGAAGUGAAUAUAAUUUCACCAUUUCCAGAAAUAAGAUCAUUGGUAUAUGAAGUACUGAUGUGAUUUGCAAAGCCCAGAGAUGGAAAAAGCAUGACCUUCUUUAAUCUCUGACUUGCACAGGGAUUUCCUUCCCAGUAAUUUCCCUAAUGACUUCAGAGCUCAGAGAAAACAUUUAAGUAUCUCUUGAAAAAAUCCUUCUUUUGUUAGAAUCAUAAUUUGAGGUGGAAGGUAUCUCUGGAGGUCAUUUGGUUAAAUCUUGCAUGCAAAGUGGGACUAACUUCAAACUUAGAACUUGUUAUAAUUUCCUUAAUUUGGCUAUGCAAUUAUAUUGCUUGAUAGGCAUUUAUCUUCUGUAAAGCCUUUGACACAGUCCCCUACAAUAACAUUCUCUUUAAACUGGAGAGAUGGAUUCAAUGGGUGGACUGUUAGGUGGAUAAAGAAUUGGUUAGAUGGACACAUCCAGAGGGUGUUGGUCAAUGGCUCUGAGUCCUGAUGGACAUCAGGGACAAGGGAUGUCCCUCAGGGAUCUGUAGUGGGAACAGUGCUAUUUAAUAUCUUCAUUAAUGACAUUGCAAAGGCAGGAAGCUCACCCUAAACAUAUUUGCAGAUGGCACCAAGCUGGGUGGUGCAAUUGACACACCUGAGGGAUGGGAUGCCAUCCAGAGGGAUCUGGAUGCCACCCAGAGGGACCAGGUUUGAGAAGUGGCCCAUGGGAACCUUAUGAGGUUUAACAAGACCAAGUGCAAGGUGCUGCACUUGAGUUGGGAGAACCCCCGGUAUCAGUCCAGGUGAGGGAUGAACAGAUGGAGAGCAGCCCUGCCCAGAAGGACUUGGGGAUGGUGCUGGAUGGGAGGCUGGACAUGAGCUGGCAAUGUGCAUUCACAGGCCAGAAAGCCAGACGUGUCCUGGGCUGCAUCCAAAACCCUGUGAUUCUCUUCCUCUACUUUGUUCUCGUGAGGCCCCACCUGCAGUGCUGCAUCCAGCUCUGGGGUCCCCAGCACAGAAAGGCCAUGGACCUGUUGGAGUAAGUCUAGAGGAGGCCACCAAGAUGAUUAGCAGGAUGGAGCAUUCUCCUGUGGAGAAAGGCUGAGAGAUUUGGGUUUGUUCAGCCUGGAAAAAAAAAAAAAAAGGCCUUGGGGUGGCCUAACUGCAGCCUUCAGUACUGGAAGGGAGCCUACAAGGAAAACAGAGAGAGACUUUUUGCAAGGACAUGUAGUGACAGAACAAGGGGGGAUGAAUUUAACUGAAGGAGAGUAGAUUUAAAUUAGAUAUGAGAAAGAAAUUCCAAACUGUGAGGGUGGUGAGCCCAGAGAAAUUGUGGAUGCCCCCUCCCUGGAAGUGUUCAAGGCCAGGUUGGAUGGAGCACAGAGCAACCUGGUCUAGUGGAAAGAGGCCCUGCUCACAGUGUGGGGGUUUGAACUAGAUGAUCUUUAAGGUUCCUUCCAACCCAAACCAUUCUAUGAUUCUAGGCAGAUCUCUCGCCCAUCUCUGUUUUCAACUCUGUCAUCCAUCAGGCUGGCCUGAAAUGCGAGGAAAUAAUAGUACACAGGCAAGCAAGCCUGUACAGCUUGUAGGCAACCUAAAAAGAGAGGGAGCAGUUCUAUUGUCUGAAGUCCCCAAAAUUUGUGAUAAACAUACAGAAGUCUAGCACAGUGUGCUAGUGUGCUAUAUUUCAUUGUAAAGGAAGGAACAUCAUUCCUGUAGGCUGUAAACAGGCACGUGUAAUAUAAGCUAUACCAUGUGCAUUGCUGGUUUGACAGCUGGUGAUUCUAGGAACGUAUUAACUCCCUAAUUCAGAAGCCAGUGAUGUUUGAUGUCUAAUGCUAAAAUCACCCAUGCCUUUGUAACACAGGAAGAAGCUAUAGAACAGGUUUUAUCCUCCAGGAACCCAGAUUCAGGUGUUGUUGAACAACUUAGUCAUACAGUUCAGAGGGACUCACUAAAAAUGAUGAGCACUGAACAUGAAGGCUCUGCUGUCGCUGCCUGGCUACUUAGAUCUCCAUGUCAGAAUGCCCACAAAGAAUCACAUUUUCAUAUCUUUGAGAAUACUGACAGAGCCUUUUCCUCAAGACACAGCAAGUGCUUAGUCAUUGUUUGCCUUUCCUCACUCCAGGAGAUGCCAAGAGAAACCUCAGGGCCAUUGCAAUGCAAGUCUCUAAGUUUUCUUUCCCACUUAACACUAAAAAUUAAGGAAGGAUAUCUGGAAGGUAAGGAGAAUGCUGGAUGCUUGGUACCACACAGCAAUAUUCCCUGCAGAUCACUGAGCACCAAGUGCACAUAGUCCUCCUCUGGGUAUACAAAGUGCUGGACAUGCCAUCAGCUAGUAAUCCAGACGGUCAGAGUCACCCUUUUACUGCUGAGUACAGCACUGGAAAGGCAACCAAACAAUCACAUAUCCUCAACUUCACCCUAAACAGGAAAAUUCUCCAAACCAUUGGCCUGAUUGUUUGACUCCAAGUUCACCUCUGAGCAUUGACCAACACGGGAGCAUCCCAGGUGACUCUGUGACUCAGAACCACUCUUGUAAUCUGGUUUCUCUGACACUUGUUCCUCUAGAAAACCUCCUGUUGCUACCAGCAGUAAAUUAUCUGUGUUGCUACACACCCUUCAGGAAACUAUUUAAACCUGUGAAUAAAGGGGUGGGACCACAUUUCUUUUCAUUGCUCCCCUUCUAUGCUAUGAGAGAAUUUGGGCAAACAGGUUCAUUUUGCAUGACACAAUUCAGCCUGAAUUGCUCCCUCUCUGGGAAUUGAUAUUCCUCAAAACUAGGCAGAACUACACUUUCUAGGAUUUAUUUUAAUAAACUCAUUAAGAUAAACA